GCAGUCAUGCUGGCGGCCCUGCUGCUGUGCACCCUCGGGACUCCGAUUGCAAACGAGUCCGGCGACAGUCCGGCGGGAGACUCUUCGGGUGAGGAGGAGGAGGAGGAGGUGAUGGUGACCUAUGACCUUCUGAGCGUGAACCAAGUUUGGGACUUCAUCAUCGGCGCGACGGCGCGCCACCACAAGGAGUUUGAAGAGGAAUUCCAAAACGCAGUGAAAUAUCAUUUCCUGGACAACUACAGAUUCCCAUCCCUUCCAGCAGACUGCCCUAAUUCAAACUUCACCAUGGAGGCUUGUCUCGAAAGGUUGGCUGAAGGCCUGAGCACCUACUUGGUUCUCUUUAAGCACGUGGAGAGCGAGUACCCCAACGGCUCCAUCGUCUUGGAGGUGCGACCCCAGAGUGUGAAACUCAUCAACCUCAUCAAGGGAAAGAUGAGAAACCCCAAACAGGUCGCCCUCCUGACCCUGGACCAGGAGGAGCAGCUUCUGCGUGACAUCUACAACCCCAGCCCUUUCCACAGAAAGAUGACGGCACACAGCAUCCUGCGCCAGCUCCACAACUUCCUCCUCGACGGCAGAGUAGAAAUUCGUAGAAGGGAAAGGAGAAGACGGCCCGGCAAGGUUAUUGCUCCCUCUUACAAUUUCCUGCAGAGAUAAAAGUAAGCUAUGAAGGAAUACGGGCUGAUGCAGCCGCUCUAACGUUAAUGU